UCGCUGCAGCAGCGUCCCUGACGCGCUGCCCACCCUCCACUCACAGCAGGGGAGAAUUACGAAAUUCUUGGUUUGAGACCCAACCGCCAGCCCACGGUCCUCGGAGAAAGAUACUUUUGUUUACCAUCCCAUGGCUUCAUCCGUGAGUGGAACGGAGGAGGUGCGCGUGUCGGCGUUGACACCGCUGAAGUUGGUGGGCUUGGUGUGCGUCUUCCUUGCGCUCUGCCUGGAUGUCGGGGCGGUGUUGAGCCCCGCGUGGGUAACGGCGUAUAACCAGUACUACCUGUCUCUGUGGGAGUCCUGCUGGAAGCCUGUCAACUCGGACACAUGGCAGUGCAACACAACGCUCGAGACUGACUGGCAGAUUGCCACGUUGGCCCUGUUGCUGGGUGGUGCUGCCCUCAUCUUGUUCUCCUUCCUGGUGGCCCUGGUGUCAGUGUGUGUCGGCUCCAGGAGCCGCUGCUACAGACCUGUCGCUGUCUUGCUGUCCGCUGCAGUGGUGCUUCAGGUCUGCAGUCUGGUCCUCUACACCAUUAAGUUCAUUGAGACGGUUAGCUUGAGGAUAAACCACGAGUUUAACUGGGGCUAUGGCCUGGCCUGGGGGGCCACCAUCUUCUCCUUCGGAGGGGCCAUUCUCUAUUGCCUCAACCCCAAGAACUAUGAAGACUACUACUAAACCCUGCAAGAGGAGAAGAGAGCCCUCUACACAACUUCAUGUCCCCCCCCCCCAAACUCACUGUGAUAGCAGGCUAUGCUCUGAACUUAGUCUAUUCAUUUUCUCUACCAGUUAUAUAAAACAUUCACAGAAAAAAUGUUGGAGAAUAAACAACAGUAGUGUCUAUAGGCUCCAUUCAGACCAUCAUACAAUUGUACUGUACCAGAUGGUUGGCUCACAGGCUGAAAGGGCCACUCUUACUCACAUUAUGAUGUUGUGUUCUCCAAGAGAAUCUCUGCCUGUGUUGUGACUGAUGUCUGCUAUAGGCUAAGUGGUUAGGCUGAAGAGCCAAUCAGACAGUUCAAUGGAAUCCUAAUGUCCAAUCAGAUACAUCAGUGAAACCAUGUCAGGUCCCCUUUAUGAUAGGAACUUCAGCAGGAUUUGGCAGGCACAAUGCUUUGUUAUUAAUGACCAAUCAAAGGGACCGGUGAGAGUGAUGGACAUAGACCAAUCAGAGAGCAGAAGGAUAGUCCAGGUGGACAGAUUGAUCUUGAGGAGGAAAGAAGUAGAAUAUGAGACUCAUCUAAGGAAAGGAAUCAAGGAUGCAUACCUUCACCCCCACUAACAUACUGAACAAAAAUACAAACACAACAUGCAACAAUUUCAAGGAUUUUACUGAGUUACAGUUCAUAUAAGGAAAUACGUAAACUUCAAUUAAUUAAUUAGGCCCUAAUCUAUGGAUUUCAUAUGACGGCAGGGGAGCAGCCAUGCGUGGGCUGGGAGGGCAUAGGCCCACCCACUGUGGAGCCAGGCCCAGCCAAUCUGAAUAAGUUUUUCUCCACAAAAGGGCUUUAUUACA